AUGUCGGCUCCUGCCUAUGAAGUGGUAUUCAGACCUGUGUUUGAUAACAAAGCUGGAAAGUUGUAUUCCGUAUGUGCGGCCGCACUAACGAAUGCAGACCCAGAAACUCAUCCUCCACAGCCAGCAGAGUCUGCAACAGCCAGAGUCUUUCCAAAUGGGACCAGAAAGAACGGGCGCCGUGGGGAAAUAAGGGUCACAACCCAAAGGGCCUUCCGUCGGCCGCCGCUGAUCGAUGCCCCAACCAGCUUCCCCUCCAAUAGACCAACUCUAGAGACUCCGAUCUGCAACAAGAACAGCGGCACGUGUGAAUUUGUUGCCACCAAUAAGACGCUUCUAAAGUGGGACGACCUUCAGCACACUCUGAGCUUUGCUUGGGAUAUGCACGUUUAUGGCACAGGCUCCCUGUUUCUUCUUUUAGCUUUAAUCGCACUCAUCAACCUCAUCGGAUCUCCCAUCCUACAAGUGACCUACCUCCCUUAUGUUAUCGUUGCCAACACCCUCUUGUUCGCAAUUGGAAUCCUCAGAGGCGUGUUUUUCCUCCUGGAUCCUUACGGGACAAAAGGGAAGAUUUCGAAACCUAUUGCUCUUGUCCUUUGCAACGUCACUUUCCCGCUUAUCAUCUCCACAUUUGCUACCUUGGUUCUUUUGGUUCUGAAGAUUGCCCGUCUUCAACUGCUGCCACCAAAGUUUCAGAGCCUGGCAUUGUUGGCCGUUAUUGCAGUUAUUCACUUUAUUGUCCUCCUGAGCGCUGAUCUCCUGACCCAUCUCCUGAACCCUUCUGUAAACAUGGUCUUGCAGAUCCUCUCCAUUUCUUGGGGCAUAUUUCUCAUGGUGGGUCACUUUGUGGCUUAUUAUCGACUGCGGAAGAGCAGCAAAGAUAUUGUGAAUGAAACCCAAAGGGUAUCGCCCGUGGAAGACAUAGCAGUGGUUCAAACCCAAGGACGAAGUAUAAAGUGUAUGUUUACAUCCUCCAGAGUGUUAUUAGUUGGCAGUAUUUUUGGACUCCUUUGCUGUGGCAUGCAGGUGUACGCCAUAUUAUGGCUUUAUGGGCUACUUGGUCGGAAGAAUGAAUUUUACUGGUCUUGGUGGUUCCUUCAGUUCUGGUACAGGAUCUUUGAAUUAGCUUUGUGUUUCUCCAUGAUAUUUGUGGCCUCCCACAGUUUCUGUCUACAGUGCAGCAGCAGCGAUCACACAUGCUGGUCCAAGAUCAUCAGCUACUUUUGCACCUACAAAAAAACCGAGGCACCAGAGUAUCCGAACAACUGCUACGACUGGACGAACAACAUCCAAGACAAGAUGGUCAACAACAACAUCAGUAAAAGCAUCAUCAGGAACCAGGCUGAGAAUGUUCCUCUCAGAAUCCUUAAAGAAAACAACGAGAUGAAAAGUUCCGGGGUUGGCAACAACAGUCGUUCUUCAUCACCUCUCUUCAGACCUAAGCCAGAAGUGGUGUUUGCCGCAAAAUCUCAAAACGUGACUAUGGGCCGCUCUUACACCAGUAUUUGUUUUGAAAGGCAGUCUAUGCUCUCACUGGCCGAUUUUGAGUUUCGACCUCCGUCGCCCAUCAAUCUGAGCAGAAGCAUUGACGAAGCUUUAUUUAGAGAACAUUUAGUCAGAGACAGCAUAUUUUUGGAUUCCAGUCUUCAGUACCCCGGUUACCUAACAAGACAGGACUCUUGUUCUUCACUGAAGGAAUGUUCUGCAAUGAACCAAACCAUUGACCCUUUGAUUUCUGCAGACCUAAAGAUGAGAAGAUGCAGCAAUCCAGACUACAUGUACAGCUUGGCCGAAGGUAGUUCGAUGACGGAGGUGGACUCUCCGAGUGAAAGUAUACAGCAGAGCAAAGAGCUUCCUGAAGACGUCACAACAGGACCAAUGGUUUCUGUUAGCUCCAUAGACAGUGUUUCCAGAGGGUCCAUCAAAAUCAGCUGGAAUCCUUGGCGCCACGGCCUGUCUUCGGUGGAAAGUCUUCCUCUCGAAGACACUCCUUCGUCUCAACUUCUAAAGCAAGGAUCACAACCUAGCAUCAUGUCCAAAAGCAGCGAGCCUGAGAAAUCCUUUGGGAGGAGAUUCAUGGAAAGAAGUCAGACCACAGAUUCAAACAGCAUUGCUAGCGAGACCAUCGAACUGUGAUAUGUCGGACAAGUGUUAACAAGCAUAGACAUGUGACAAAGAAAAAGGUUGCAAUGGUUUUUAAUAACAUUCAUUACUAGGAAGAAGAAUAAAAAAAAAAAAACAUGUAAAAAUCUUUUUUUCUUCUUUUGAAUGAGGAAAAACUGAUGUUUAAGAAAGCAACAAAGACUAUACGCGUACCAAGAAUCCUCUGAUUGGUUAUUAUAUAUAGUAAUUCUCUGUAAUAAGCACAUUGCGUGUCCAUGUUUAUAGGCAACAACAAUGCUUUACCUUUUUUUUAUUUACGGAAAUUUUUUUAAGUAUUUAUUUUGAACUGUUAAUGUGAUUUCCUUCACAGGCCAAAUACAAAGGCUAAAGCCAUUACCUGAAAGGACAACAAGAAGUAUAUUUUUGACUUUGUUAUUUUAUCUGAAACACAAUCGUACGGACAGGGUUUUUGUCCCUGUUGCUAUGGAUGUAAACUCUUAGAAUAUCAUUAUACGGAAUUCUAAAACUUAUAAGAACGAUAUGUAAAAUGUGGUACUAUGAGUAUUUUGAAGGUACGUGUCAAGCAAGCCAAGCAAAAGGUAAGACAUUGGAUGUGCAUUAGAGGUAUCCAUGGUAAGGGUCUGAGGUCUGCACUUUUAUACUAGAAUAUUAGGCCCAAUUUAGACUGUCAAGGUGUUAAAAUCGUUUUGUGAACUGU